CGGCCGCACAAACCCCGCUGCGUGUCGUUAAUUAUGAUGAACCGUCGGACGAAAAUUUUCGUUCCCUGGUCGCAGACAUUGGAGGGACCAUCAUUCCUAAAGCACAGUUUCUGGCUGCACGUGCUGCGCAUUCCGAAAGCCAUUCAGAUUUGAAGACAGUAGUUGUCACAAGUGCCUUCGAUGAGCUACCAGAGUUCGAUAGUCUACGUAAGUCUGUUUCGGUACUAGCACCACCGGCACUGGAGCAUUUCGCAGCCGCCCGCAAAAACAACAGCGACGUCAAACUGGGUAUCAAGGGACGUGGCCGCCAUCCGAUGGCGCUGUAUAAUCUGUGCAUGAAGGACACCGUUUGCGUGCUUACUGGAUUUAAGCAAGACGAUGAUGCCAUCAAAGAGCUGGAAAAGCUCGUACACUGGAUACAGUGGAUGGGUGGACAGGCACGCGACCGCUUUCCAAAGUCUGGUUCUGGGGACCGAGCCACACAUGUAAUAGCCAGCGGUGUUCAGUGUGACAAAUAUGGUGUCGCUGUCGCUAUCGGAAUUCCCGUUCUCCGAAAGGCAUGGAUUCAUCAUUUAUGGAAAAACCGAGAUAAAGACAUAAACCCCCAUGAUCCCGCUUUAAUUGCCGAGUUCCGGUUUAAACCAUUUACGGGGCUGAAGGUAUUUUUUCAUGGUUUUUCUGAAACCGAAACCAAAAAUGUGAAGGAUUUGUGUGAGAAAAACGGUGGAGAAAUUGCUGCUGACGAAGACGAUGCCUCUUAUAUCGUACUAGAAGAUUUGAAAGGGGGACAUUGGCAAGUGACCUCCACUGAGGGCUCUUCACCAAAGAAGGAACGGAUGAUCAAUAUAAUUUGUAAGAAAGACUUGGAAAGUGACACCGAUAGCGACUUUGCUCUCCCGAGACCGUUGUUCUUCAAGCAGAAGUCGGAUGGCGCAGUUUUGCCGGCGGAAUGGUUUUGGCAGAGCGUACAGAUAGACAGUUGUGCAGCUCCAGCUGGUUAUCCACAGUACACUCCCGCGGAAACUUUGAGUCAGGGAAGCCUUGAAAAGAAGCGAAAAAAUCAGGCUUCAUCGAAGAAGACACGACGUUCCCGUCCUCGUCUGUCACCUUUGGCCGAAUCGUCCAGUUCCAGAACCAGGAAUGCAUCAUUUGAUUUUUCGGAGGAUGAUUCACUUUCCAGCCCUGUACCGUACAGUCCCACACCCGUGCGUACUGUACGCCGCAACAUAGUCCAGGAGAUUCAUGAGACGGAGAAAAAUUAUUGUACCAUUUUGGAGAGUAUACUGGAGAUUAUGAAAAAAUCGCUUGAUCCAAACCAGAUUGCAGGAGCACUGUUGGAAGCCUCGGCGGCGGAGCAGAUGCAUGUGUACAUCCAUUUAAUUAAUGCUAUUCAUGUGGUUCAUCAGCAGAUUCUUGAUGAUUUGGAGAGCACCUUAUUCGGAUGGAAAGAAGACUGUGAUAUUGGGCCUAUUUUCAUUGGACAAUGCGAACGUUUAAAGGAAGUGUAUCCGCCGUUUGUUAGCGUACAGCCCAAAUUGGUAUCAUUGAUUUCGGAAUGGGAGAAGCAGUAUCCGCGAUUUCAAGGCCUCUUGAAGAAGUGUGAACGAGGUAAAGAACCGGGUUUUGAACACCUCCGGGAGCAUUUGCGCGACUUGCUGAUCAGGCCCGUUCAGCGUUUACCAUCCGUACUGUUGCUCCUUAAGCGCUUAUUGGAAGCAACCAAGAAAGUCAGUUCCACCAUGCGAGACGUGAACCAAUUGGAAAGGGCCAUCCAUGACACCGAUAAAGUGGUGCAGACGAUUAACAGCGGGAUGAAAGGGGACUUGCGACAAACUGUUCCUAGCGGAAAAAAGGCAAAGCGAGGAAGCACCGCUACAGCAAUCAGCAGUGCUUUGCACGGGGUGGCGUCUUUCGGGAAAUCAUCUGGAAAGAAAAUGAAACGAGCUGCUUCUGGUAUAAUCCACUGGAGUCCCGUUUUGAAUAAAGGAAAUAAUGGAUCUCAUGAGGAUGUAUCUUCCUUAACUAAAAUCUGAGUGCUGUUUUCUUAUGCGGGGUCUUAUUUUUCAGCGCAUGAUCUGUUUUAUUGGUUUAAAUUUGCAUGUUGCGGGGGUAAACAGUUCCAUGACAAGAGCGUUGUAUAUCAAUUUAAUCGUCAGCUUGGACAGAGUGGAGCUUCUAAUAAACCGAAUC